AAAACCUUGGGAACAAAUAGAUAUUCUAGAAGCAACAUUACGAUGUCUUCGAAAUGUCUAUUCCAAUGGUUUCUGUUCUUCUUCUUCUUCUUCUUCAUUCUCUUAACUUCUGCAACUUCAAAAAAAUUUAAUAUACCAAGACUUAGCCCAAUAGGACCAAGAAUUUCUUUAGAAGACCCUGAAAGUUUAUCUGAAUCAUCACUCUCUGAUGAUUUGGAGACAUAUUUCUACAACCAAACACUUGAUCAUUUCAAUUAUAACCCUGAAAGCUACAGUACCUUUCAGCAACGAUAUGUAAUAAAUUCUAAGUACUGGGGCGGUUCUAAUUCUAAUUAUGCACCAAUUUUCGUAUAUUUUGGUGCAGAGGCACCUCUUGAUGGUGAUCUUUCUAUUAUUGGUUUUCUUUCUGAUAAUGCUAUUAAAUUUAAAGCUCUCUUGGUAUAUAUAGAGCACAGGUUUUAUGGGAAGUCAAUCCCAUUUGGUUCACAAGAAGAAGCUGUGAAAAAUGCUAGUGUUCGGGGAUAUUUCAAUUCCGCUCAAGCUCUUGCAGAUUAUGCAGAGAUUAUACUUCAUGUAAAGAAAACCUUUGACGCUGAAAAUUCUCCGGUCAUCGUCAUCGGAGGAUCAUAUGGUGGAAUGCUGGCUUCAUGGUUUCGUCUUAAGUACCCUCACAUAGCACUUGGAGCUUUGGCCUCAUCAGCACCAAUUCUUUACUUUGAUGAUAUCACUCCG